CAAGAAUCGCUGUGUCACUGCUGCUCUUCCUCAGGGGAGCUGUGUGGUCUCUAGGACCCAGCUUCCACUGGUGGAUCGGGAUCGGGACAUGUGACCUGGGUGUUGAUGUUGUGGGUGUGAGUGUUUUGGGCAUGCGGAUGGCCCGCAGCCUGGUACAUGGUUGCGUGUAUUGGGCACGGACUGGCGUGUCAGCUCCCCGGAUGGACGCGCUGAUCUCAGGGGCGGUGGGAAUGAUGAAGCGGACAGUGCUCACCUCCUCCUCCGCCGUCACCCCGGCCUCCAGCCUGCGGGCGCUGCGCUUUGAUAACCGAGCACGGCGCUGCCUGCCUGUGGAGCCCGGGGAUGGACAGGACGCGGACGCGGUGCGGUCCCGGCCAGUCCCGGGGUUCUGCUUCUCCCCCGUGCACCCCGCCCCGGUGCACAGCCCCAGAGUGGUGGUCCUUUCCCAGCCGGCGCUGGCUCUGCUCGGCCUGCAGCUUGGGGAGGACGAGGAGGAAGAAGCGGCCCUGUACUUCAGCGGGAACCGCCUGCUGCCCGGCUCCCAGCCCGCCGCUCACUGCUACUGCGGCCACCAGUUCGGGAGCUUCGCCGGCCAGCUGGGGGACGGCGCGGCCAUGUACCUGGGGGAGGUGAUCAACCCGGCCGGGGAGCGCUGGGAGAUGCAGCUGAAGGGCGCCGGGCUCACCCCCUACUCCAGACAAGCGGAUGGCAGAAAAGUGUUGCGCUCCAGCAUCAGAGAGUUCCUGUGCAGUGAAGCCAUGUUCCACCUUGGAGUACCAACUACAAGAGCUGCUUCUUGUGUCACCUCAGACUCCACAGUGAUCAGAGACAUCUUCUACGAUGGGCACCCCAAGAAAGAAAAAUGCACAAUUGUUUUGCGUGUCGCUCCCACAUUUCUAAGGUUUGGAUCAUUUGAGAUUUUCAAGCCAACUGAUGAAUUUACUGGACGUCAUGGUCCUAGUGUUGAUAGGAAUGAUAUUCGGAUCCAGAUGCUUGAUUAUGUGAUCAGCACGUUUUAUCCAGAUAUACAGGAGAAGUAUGCGGAAAGCAAAACCGAGAGAAAUGCUGCCUUCUUCAGAGAGAUAACAAGGAGGACUGCAAGACUGGUUGCAGAAUGGCAGUGUGUUGGCUUUUGCCAUGGUGUAUUAAAUACUGAUAACAUGAGUAUUGUUGGAGUUACUAUUGACUAUGGUCCUUUUGGUUUCUUGGACAGGUAUGAUCCUGAGCACAUUUGUAAUGGAUCUGAUAACAUGGGGCGCUAUGCUUACGACAAGCAGCCGGAGAUCUGUAAAUGGAAUUUAGGGAAGCUUGCUGAAGCUUUGGUUCCUGAGUUGCCUUUAGACCUUAGUCAGAAACUAAUUGAAGAAGAAUAUGAUGUGGAAUUCCAGAAGCAUUACCUGCAGAAAAUGAGGAAGAAGCUGGGUCUUAUUCACCUAGAGCUUGAAGAAGACGCCAAACUAAUCUCUGACUUCUUGGACGCCAUGAACCUUACAGGUUCGGAUUUCACUAAUACUUUCCGGGUCCUCAGCAAGUUUUCAGGAAAUGCUGGUGACAUAGAUGGAUUCUUGAAUGUAAUCCUUGAACAGUGUGCUAGUGUGGAAGAACUGAAAGUUGUCUUCAAGCCAAAAAUGGAUCCAAGGCAACUUACAAUGAUGCUGAUGCUGGCACAGAGCAAUCCUCAAUUAUUUGCAUUGAUUGGCUCUAAAGUCAACAUAAAUCAAGAGCUGGAACGUAUAGCGAAAUCUGAAAAGCUUGAGCAGUCUAGUUCUGAGGACGUAAUAAAUGAUAACAAGAACCACUGGGAAGAAUGGCUUAAGAAAUACAGUGCUCGCUUGGAAAAGGAGGAACAAGGAAAUGCUGGAGAUGGUGACACUUUACUUGCUGAAAGGGAGAAAAUCAUGAAUUCCAACAACCCAGCACACAUUCUGAGAAAUUACAUAGCUCAAAAUGCCAUAGAUGCAGCUGAGAAAGGAGAUUUCACAGAGGUCAGGAGGGUGUUGAAGAUGUUGGAAAAUCCAUAUGAGGAGGACGAAUCAUUCUGUGAAGUUUCAGAGGCCUCACCAGAAGAACCAUUGGAAGCUGCUGCCUGUAGAGCCACCACAGUUCCCAAGAUCCCAUACAACAGCAAGCCUCCACUUUGGGCUUCAGAGCUGUGUGUUACCUGAUCGUCAUAAAGUCCUUGUUGUUCUGAUACCUGAAGCUGAAGAACUGAAUUGUUCUUUGGCACAGAGUAUGGCAACCAGGACAAACCAACUACUGUUAGGUUUUUAAAAUUGCAUUUGGAUGUUAAACAUGGCUCUUAUGUGAAAACAUUGCUUAUUACCAACUGCAUUUACCAAUGUAUUUUAAUAUCCAAAUGUAAUUUGCACAUGACGGCAAACAUAUCAAUUCAGAUUUCUGACCUAUUUUUGCCUGAAAUAAACCUAAUAGUACUGCAUUUAUAACCAUGUUUAAAUAGAAUGCUUCUCGCAAGCAAUAAAACCAAAGUAGAACUGUUAGAGGUUUUUGGGAUUGUUAUAUUGAUGGCUUAUCCCACUGUGUGAGUGCUUAGGCUUCUUCCUAGGCCAGUGAUGUUAUGUUCAUCGUUUUACAUGGCCUAGGUGCAGCCCAAUACCAUUCAAGUGAAUGGGUAUGAGCAGUGAUCCCAAGCACAGCCACUAUCCAAUGGAUGGCACUGCGAGAAGGUCGUAUCGCUCAUCAGUGUUCUGGGAAGUGCUGUGGCUUCUUCAGAUGGCUGAUCGGCAGAAGUGCCGAAGACAGACCCCUGCUGAUCUCGUAUUGAUGAUCUAUCCUGAAGGUAGGCCAUGAAUAUGAAACUCCUCACAUUAAACAUAGUGUCUGUGCUGCAGACAGCAUGUUAUAGAACAGGAGGAGCAAAGCAGAUUGAUAUAUAGUUAUAUGUGACUAGAUUCAGUAUAAUCUAUAUUUUAUCAUUCUUGUUCAUUCUGGGCUUUGAGGUCAAUGAGAUGGUCCUAUCAGUGACUGACAGCCUUCCCUGUAUGACUGCGCAUAGACAGAUAGCAGUCAGUCACUGAUAGGACCGACUCCUUGACUUCAAAGCCCAGAAUGAGCAGGAAUUCAAAUGAAUGCAAUACAAGUUAUACAAAAUCUUUUCCCAGCUGCUCCUGCACUAUACCGACACUGCUAGCAGAUUACAUUGAACAUUCGUGGGGACAGGUUCCAUUUAAAAGGGUUUUCUGAGACUUUACAACUGAGGAUCUAUCCUCUGGAUAGGUCAUCAGUAUCUGAUCUGUGGGGGUCUGACAUCUAGGACCCCCGCUGAUCAACUGUUUGAGAAGGCACACGUGCUUUAAAUGAUUUAAAAUCUCACUAAUGUCUAUUACUUACUCUUUACUCUCCCCCUCUCCUAAACAAAAGAUCCUUUACAUGAGCCAAGGAUCUGGGCAGUCACUUCCUGAUGAUUUCCCUAUGUGAAUAUGCUGCAGAUCAGGCGACAAGCUAGCACAUGCCUAUCUGUUGGGUGACACAAUUAUUUAUGCUGCAUGUAAAAUUAUCAUUUUUGGCACAUUGCCCUGUGUAAACAGGAAUGUGCUGCUGACGGACAAUGAACAUGUAUGGGGAUGAAUAAACGUACUACAGAGGGGAUGAUUGAUGCAUGUAAAUGCAGCUGACCGUGAUCGAGAACGAACAGUUUGGUCCUAAUGACGGCCCGCUGUAUUGGCCGAUGUAAAACCGACUGUCAGUUUACUCCUCCUCCUCUCUCCAUAAUCUAAACCAUUAGUGAGGUCACAGACUUUGAGAAUGUAUAGUUUGGGAGGAGUAAAGAAAAAAGUUCAUAAUAUAUAUACAUAAGGCUACUUUCACACUAGCGUUUUUGCCGAUCUGUCAUGGAUCUGCAAUAAACUCUUCUGUUACAAUAAUACAACUGCAUG